GCUGACAACAGCGAACAGAGUUCUUCGUCUUUAUAUGAGCGUUGAAAGUCCCUCUGAAGAACAUCUUAUUUUGGUACAAUUUAUACUUAAAUCUUACAUGCCUGUAUGGUUUAAGAUAAAAAAAAAAAACUUGAUAAAGGUGGUUGAUCCAGUAAUUGAAAGGAAUGCGUUUUUCGCGCAUCCAGAAAACUUGCUCCUCAGUAUGAUUGUUGAUGAAAGGGCCCAUAUCAGAGAGUUGGGGCUUAGAAGAAUCAUAAAAUCAAGGACCGUAGCUUCCAAUAAAAAGCUAGUCCGAACUUUUAAACCCCCAAAACUCAACUUCCAGGCAAACGAAUAUUAUGAAAUUAUUGAUUGGACUACUACUGCUAUUUCUCCACCACCGUUGUUGCGAAGAGUAUCUGACGAAGAAAUGUGGGCCAAAAUUUCAACUGCCAACACACCAGAAGAAUGGAAUUUCCAUAAAUUUACGUGUCACACGCAAGCGGUGGAGCGCUGUGUGAAAUUGGUAACUGAAGCCUCCUCAAAACUCGUUGGUGCCAAGAACAGAGAUGGAUUCAUAAGAACAACGCUGCUAUCAAGAGCUUCAAUGCCAAGUUUUUCAAGCAAGCAAGAUUUUAAAGUUCCAAACAUUUAACGGACUAUUCUGUGAGUCUGGGAAUUGACAAUUCGUAAAUUUUGUAAUUUUGUAAUUAAUAAACUCAUUUGGAUAAAUGUAAAUUGCCUAUUUACCAACAUUAUAUUUCUAAAAAUAACACAUGAGUAGUGGGUUUAAAAAAAUUAGUUGCUGCACUACACUAUAAAAGUGGUUAGCACUCGAAAAGUGAUCAAUUAACUAUAUUGAAGGCCUUGCGCUACCUAAAAUUA